AUGCACAGCGUCUACGUCCCCGCCCACGUUACCCUAUUCCUACGUCGGCUUGUGAACGUGUUCGGAACCCUUUCUCUAUCCAAUCAAUACCUUCUACAUAGGCAAGCUAAGCUCGACAAUCUCCAGGCGCAUGGCAGUGGAAUGGAAGUUAAUAGUGAACCACUGCAACAUUCCAGAUGGCCGGUGUUGAAACGCAUGCUUGAGUGGCCCCGAUGGAAGGACCUGUCUGGUAAUGGGACGCUGGAGUCCUCAGUUCUUGGCUUACCAUGGUUAACGGAACGGAAAUGGACGUGGAACUCCCUGAUGCAACUUUCACGUAAUGAUAGGGAAUCGGCUGAACACCAUGAACCACCGCAUGAACCUCCGAGAAAUCCGCACAAUGCGCCCCGGCACCAUCGUCGAACACCUCGGCCGAAGGACGACACUCCGCCAGACAUCAUUCACCAGUUGCUAGCCAAUCCUGCCUUGUCCGAUCCAAUAAGAACGCCACGGUACCCAGUUGUCCUUUGCCACGGUCUGUACGGUUUUGAUGUUCGAGGACCCUCUUCGUUUCCGAGUCUUCGCGUACAUUAUUGGUCAAAUGUGUUGAACAUCCUUCGAGAUAAAGUGGGUGCCGACGUCAUCGUCACAUCCGUUCCUGGGACUGGUUCAAUCAAUUCUCGUGCUGAAACGUUACACAAACAACUUGAAGUUAGGGCUCGAGGCAGGGGGGUUAAUCUCCUCGCACACUCCAUGGGCGGACUGGAUUGUCGACAUUUGAUUACUCAUAUUAAGCCCACAGAAUACACUCCAUUAAGUUUGACUAGUGUAAGCACGCCGCAUCGAGGCAGUCCGUUCAUGGAUUGGUGUGCAGAGUACAUCGGCAUUGGGAAACUUCGUAAAGCGGAGCAGGAGGCAUUUGCAGCGUCUGCGCCAUCGACCUCUCCACCACCCCCGAAUCCUGUUUCCUCGAUUCCAUUCUCCUUAUCCCUUUCAUCAUUGCCUUCUUCCUUCACUACCCUCCUUCUCUCCGUCGUUGACUCGCCCGCCUACGCCAAUCUUACGACGGCAUACCUGAACACCGUAUUCAACCCAUCAACACCCAAUGACCCCAAGGUCAAAUACUUCAGUGUGGCGAGUAGAUUGGAAGGUGUUAGUGUAUGGCAUCCAUUUUGGUUACCAAAGAUGGUGUGCGAUGGGUGGGAAGAGAAGGAAAGAGGACGGCUACGAACAGUAUGGGAAGGACUUGAAUCUCACGAGAGUACUGAAGAUGAUAUGAAGCGAUGGGCGUGGGAGAGGGAGUGGGGUAAUGAUGGAUUAGUGACUAUCCAGAGCGCGAAAUGGGGUGAGUUUCUGGGUAUAUUAGAGGGGUGCGACCAUUGGGAAAUGAGGGGCGCAAGGGGACUAGAGUUGGACAUAACGGCGAUAGCGGGCGCCGCCGACGGGUGGAGUAUCAAAGAUUGGGGGCGGUUUAUUGGAGCAUGGAAGAAGGAGGAAAAGCUGCAACGAGACGAUGCAGCUCGCACUGCAAGUAAUGUUGAUCCCGCUCCACCCACGCCUUCGCGCUCUUCGAUAUCGAUCGAACCGGAUCGUUCGAGCGAGACGAAAGCUUCCUUGCGCGAACAGGCUCGCACGCGCCAACGGGAACAAGACGACGAUGUCAUUAAGUCGUCCACAAAGAACUUAUCUGCUGUAUUCGAUUGGUUGGUGGAUCAAGUACCUACUCCACCGAUCUUGGGUGGAAAGGCGAAGGCGAAGGAACAGAUUGAGGCGGAUUUACACGAUAGCUCGCACGCACGGGGUCGGACAGCGGAGGGCAGGAAGAAGAAGAAUGAGUUGGAGAAGAAGGAAGAUUUGGAGAGGUUUUAUGUCGCUUUGUCGCGAAAGCUGUAUGAUGAGGGACUAUAA